GCUGCCUGAGCAUCAUGGGAUUGAACUGCUCAAAGUUCGUUCGAUUUUCCACUCAACUUCAAUCAGGAUAUUGUUUCCUUAGAGUUGCGUUUAGGCUCAUUGUGUUUUUCACAAUAUGCGUGUUUUGGUGUUACAACUAUACAGCAAUAUACAAGGUCGCUAAUCAUUACGACAAAAGCACCAGUUGUCCAAAAUCAUCAUUGAAGAUCCAUGUACGACUUUUUGUCUGGUUGUACCAGUACAAAGGCCUUUCAAUUUUCCCUAUUGAGUGUUUCUCUGUGGUUAUUGCAUGUUAUUACGUAACGUUGAAUGAUGCAGCUACCUGCACUUUUACUCAGUAGGUAGCAUCCAAACUGAAAUUUUUACUUUCACAAAAUUUCAGUCCAACGACACUGGGUAUCAGCAAAGAUAAGUUUGGGAGAUAUAGAUGUGAUGAUUACAAAAGGUACGAUACUCACAGGAAAUAAUGGAUUCCCACGGAAAAAUCAGUUGCCCAGUGAUUUCUCACGCGUUAAAAUUUGCAAUCAGGUUGCAGCCAGGUUCUGUAGACUUUUCUGUUGAUGUUAACCAUUUUGGUUUUUAAGUAAGAAAAACGUUUUCUGUCAGCUCACAAAAAUUUUUGUGAUGGAUCCAACAUACAGGUAAACGAAGAAAUCGGAGUGCCUCCCAAGCAAUUCCAUGGCCAAAUGAAGGAGCAAAUAUAUGAAAACACACGGAAUAGCAAUUUAUUACAUUAUGCGUUGUGUAUUAUCUCGUUCACGUGUUGCAGAGUGUUUUUUCAUCUUGCAUAAAUAAAAGAGCGCGUGGACCCCAGACUUUGACCCUUAAUGAGACUGACUCAUAAGCUGUUUAUUUUGUCAAAUUUUUUAUCUUGUUGUUGAGUCAGACCGCGAGAACGGCCGAGUGAAACGACCAUAAAAUUACAGCCCUUGAACACAUCUAGUAGGGGGCAAUUAGAUCUAAAAGAUCUCCUGAAGAUUAGAAUAUGGUUAAACGGAAACUAUUAUAUGGAGAACAUGAGCAAACUUUUCUUAAAUUUAUGUCUUAUGUAACGAGGUAGGUUUUGAGGUGGGGUCAGUGGACAUAUUAUUUAAUUCCAGUUAGACCGGUUUUCGACAGAUGUAAUUUUGUAAAAACAACUCGACAGUGAUCUUCCGGUUGCUUUGUAUAGAGUCGAUCGUGGGUAUCAGAGGGUUGCAAAUAUCAAGCAACUUGUAUUGGCCCUUAUUAAGCUGUCUUAGUAAUCUGAUGCAUUUUCAUUGUACAAAGUGAAAUAAUUUGCGCUGGUAUUGAUCAUUGCAGAAGCAGAGGUCAAAAUGGCGAAGACAGAACUAGAGAUUUUGCAAGGAAACCUCGACCAAUUUUUUUUGAUUGUAAUGGGCUGCCUUAUUUUUUUUAUGCAAACAGGAUUUGCUUUUCUUGAAGCGGGCUCAGUAAGAUCAAAGAACACAACCAACAUUCUGAUCAAGAAUUUCCUGGAUGUUUUUAUUGGUGCAGUUGCCUAUUGGUUGUUUGGGUAUGCGUUUGCAUUUGGAGCUGAGGGCAAUGGCUUCAUUGGACACAAGUUCUUUGCACUGGCAGAUUUACCAGCUGAAAAAUACUCUCAUUGGUUUUUCCAUUUUGUUUUUGCCGCCACAGCAGCAACAAUUGUCAGUGGUGCCAUGGCAGAGAGGACAGAGUUCCAGGCUUACCUUCUGUACUCUGUGUUUCUCACUGGCUUUGUGUACCCAAUAGUCACUCACUGGGCUUGGGAUGGAAAUGGUUGGCUGUACAAGGGUGUGGAGUACACAAAAGACAAUGUAACCAUGUCUGUUACAUACCAGGAUUUUGCUGGCAGUGGGGUCGUUCAUGUUCUUGGUGGGACUGUUGCCUUAGUCGGAGCAGCUAUUGUUGGACCAAGAAUUGGAAGAUUUGUGAAUGGUGCCCCUGUGUUGCUUGCAGGCCAUACUGUACCAAAAGCGGCUCUUGGAGGAUUCAUCCUGUUUUUUGGUUUCCUGGCAUUCAAUGGCGGCUCACAGGCAGCCAUCGCUAGCGCAGGCGAUGCAGAUGCUGUAGCUCUGUCCAUCGUCAACACCGUUCUUGGGGGAGCUUCAGGUGCGCUGACUGCCAUGAUCAUCAAGCGUCUAGGCUUUGCAGAUAAAUACUGGAGCUUACUUUUCACCAUUAAUGGCGGACUUACUGGAAUGGUGGCUUUGUGUGCGGGUUGUAAUGCCGUCCAUCCUUAUGCAGCUUUUAUUAUUGGUACCAUUGCUGGAGUGGCUUACGUUGGAUGGAGCACUCUUAUGAUUCGUUUAAAGAUUGAUGAUCCGCUGGAUGCCGUGGCUGUUCAUCUCGGUGGGGGUUUCUGGGGCGUGUUGUCUGUCCCCAUCUUCAACAAGGAGAGUGGAAUAUUUUACGAUGGAAGCGCUCAUUCAUUCCGUUUGUUUGGCUGGAACCUCUUAGGAGUGCUUGUCAUUAUGGCCUGGUCGGCAGCAUUGAGUUUAGUCUUGUUCAUUGUGUUGCGUGUCACAAGGCUGCUUCGUGUCAGCCCAGAAAUCGAGGAGAAAGGUCUUGAUAUUCCCAAACAUGGUGAGCCCGCAUACCCACUGGCCAGUUACGGAGAUGGAUGGUCGGAGUCACCAACAGCACCAAGACAGACCUUGCCAUUCAGUCAUAAUAAUGGUGUCACCCCUGUCCAAAACUAUCCUGAGAAAGGAGGUGGAAUUGAUAAUCCAAGCCUUGAGGUCAUUGAAGCUCCAAACAAGAAUGAAACCACAGAGUUUUGAAUAUAACGGACUGUCUGGGCCAGAACUGACUGUCUGGGCCAGGUCAAGCCAAAUAUGGGGAGAUGAAUCUCUUACAUGAUAUAUACUAACUCACAGCACUUAUGAUAGUUUCAUGUUGCUCAGUUAUUGUUCCAUGCUGGAGCCACUGGCGAGCAAUACUUGAUGUAUAAUACAACAGAAUAAUUUCAAUUUACCUGAGAAAAAAUUUCAGCUUGAACAUAAGUGACCCAAAAUUGCUCAACUGUUAAACGCCAUUAGCAACAAAGAGAGGAAAGCAGCCUCCAUAUUUAUUUAGCUUUUAUCAUGCAAGAUGACAUUGUAUUAUUACAGUGAUCUUUAAGUUAACCCUUAAUAGUCUUUAGAUUUCGUUGAUUAGAAAGUACUUUAAUCUCAAGAUAGCAAUCAAAAUUUCAAGAUAGUAUACGAUCAGUCUUCGGACCUAUAUAUGGUGUGAGAGGAGUCUAGUCUCUAGCAGAUUAGGUGAGUAAGGAAGCCACAGUCUAUCCACUAAAGUCCAGUCUCCCUUCACCCUCCAAAAACCACAAAAUGUGUAUAUUCUUGUGACGGUCACCACAACAAAUCAAAAUAAAAUAAGUGCUUUUCAUGCUUUAAAAUGCAUGACUCACCCGCUAGGACUGAUAUUUCUAAGAUAUUAUGGCACAAUUAAAUUAUACCAUUGCACACAUCAUACAGCAUGUAAAUUUUCACCACCAACUACAUUUUUCACAAUGUGUGAGAAAGGGCAUUAAAGGAAUCUUUUUUAUGUCA